AUGAAGACUCAUUCGGAAAGAAUAUUAGGUGUUUUUCCUUUCAACGGAAAGAGUCACAAUAACGUUUUCAAUGCUUUAAUGAAAAGCUUGGCGAAAAAAGGGCAUCAGGUCGAUGUUAUUACCCAUUAUCCGCUGAAAAAUCCGCCAAAAAAUUAUAAAACUAUUUUCAACUUAAAUGGUACCAGACCUGAUUACGUCAACAAUAUAUCCAUAAAGUGUCUUUCACAAGAGUGCGGAGAUCCUAUAUCCUUUUUUGCAAUUGUUGCUGGAAAUGAAAUUUGCGAACUACUAUCCCUUCAAGAAAUGCAAAAUAUUAUUAAAAAUAUAUCUGAUGAUCCACCUUACGAUCUUGUGAUUACCGAGGUGUUUGGAGCCAAUUGCUAUAUCGGAUUAGGAUCUGCUUUCAAGAUACCUGUCAUAACUAUUGCUCCGAAUAUAGAAUUGCCAUGGACUGGUGAUGGGGUUGGAAGCCCUACAGCCUCUGCUAUUUAUGCAGACGCCUCAUUGGAUAGAUAUACGGCUUUAACUUUUUGGGAAAGAUUAAAAAAUACAGUACAUUCUCACAUAAAUAAAUAUAGAUACUUCAUUUACACAGAGAAAGCGCAAACCGAGGCAAUGAGAAAAUAUUUAAGUCCUGAUAUACCGAGCAUUCGAGAAAUUGAGAGAAAUGUGGCUUUAACCUUCGUCAAUUCCUAUCAUCACCCAUUUGGUAUGAAACCAUCAACCCCAGGUUUAAUAGAAAUUGGUGGUAUACAUAUAGAAGAAAAUGAUUCGAAAUUAACACCUGAUCUAGAACGCUGGAUGAAUGAAAGUACAAAAGGAUUUAUCUACUUUACAUUAGGAUCUAUGGUGCUCAUAGAAACUCUACCUGAAGAAACCCUUCUUGCAAUGUAUCAAUCUUUUUCAAAAAUUUCUCCCAUAAGGGUGCUAAUGAAAAUCGCAGAUAAGACUAAACUUCUGCCAGGCCUGUCAGAAAAUGUGCGGACGUCUUCAUUGAUCCCUCAAAUACCUGUCUUGAAACAUGAAAACAUCAAAUUAUUUAUAACUCAUGGUGGUAUGUUAGGAAUACAGGAAGCUUUAUAUUAUAAGGUUCCCAUGAUUGGGAUACCAUUAUUUUCUGACCAAUUUCGAAACGUAGAAACUCUUGUAAGCAAAAAUAUUGGCACACGUCUGGAUUACAACAAAAUUACUCAACGAUCUUUAGAUGAAGCCCUCAAUGCCAUUCUUAAUGAUCCUAAAUACAGGGAAGCUGCAGAACGUGAGUCGCGACUUUUUCGCGACAGGCCAAUGAGUCCUAUGAAUACGGCAACUUUUUGGGUUGAAUAUGUCUUGAGGAAUGGAGAAAAUUCUUUAAGAUCACCAGCAGUGAAUCUACAUUGGUGGGAAGUUGCUCUUUUAGAUGUGUACGGAUUUAUUAUCCUCAGUUUUACUGUGUUAAUUUACUUAGUUAUAUUUAUUGUCAAGGUUAUUAUCAGAAGUUGUUUCAAAAGUUCAACUGCAUCAACUCAAGUGAAUAAGAAAAUUGAUUAA